AUGUUGUUUUUUUUUUAUUAAGGGUGUGGUGUCUGCUUCUGGUUUUUUUAACUUUCUGAACAAUCUGCAUUUUCUGAAAUUUCUAUAAAAUCAUGUUUUGGUUUAAAUAUUUGUACUAUUGGUAUAAAUUUAUGCAAACCUUAAUGUUUUCCCCACAGUUAUUUUCAUAUUAUAAUACAUUGUUUGGUCCGUCUCGAUCAUUAUUUUGGCCCACGACUACAUUUAGGUAAAUCGUAAGUGAUUUUAAAAGCCAUGAAAAUGGGUCGCAAGGUCUUAGUGCUGAAAAGAAGCUAAUUAUGUAAAAUAUUAUCCACACGUGCUUUUGAUGCAACACCCUACCAAUUCAAAAAAUUCGUGUAAAUAAAUUAGUGUUUUACAAUUACUAGAUCACCAACAAUGCUCAGUAAAAAAUAUGGGAUUUCCAACUUUCACAUUUAUCGUACGAUCUUAUUUUAAACAGUUAUUAAGUAGAUAUUUGCCACAACAGAUUUUACUACAUUAACCUAACAAUGUAUAGAAUUCGGUAAAAAAACCGUUUUAUAAUUUUAAACAAUUAUGAACUUGCACCUACGUGGUUUGGAUAUUAUAUACCACAAUUUUUUAAAGAAAAAGUUUAGUAACCUAUUGUGUUAUUUAAAGAAAAAAGGACGUAAGUUUUGAAAAAAACAAGUUGCUAAAAACAUGGUAUUUUAAUAUGACAAUAAUAAAUUAAUAAAUAUAAUGGGCCAACAAAAAAUAGCAAUCCUUCUGCAAGCAUAGUUACAAAUUUUUUUUUAAAAAUAACAAAGGAACAUAAUCAUUCACAGACACAAAACUUCUUUAUAUAAACUGAAUAGAUGUACACUUAUCUAAUUAUUUUAAAAUAUAAAAAGCGUUACUGACCACGACAAAAUAUAACCACCAAUCAGCUAGCCAUUAUAUAUAACAAAGUCAGUCUGGUGAAAAAGGGACAAAAAGCCAUAAUCAAUUUUGAAAACAAAAAAAGUACGGGCAUUGAGGAUGAACUGGUUUUUUGACAAAAAAAAAAGGGAGUUAUUUGGAUGCUAGAUCUCCUUUUGUCACUAAAUACUUUAAUAGAUAUAAGCACAUUAACAAUUUUACUAUACCGAUUUUUUUUUCAAAAAGGAUUAUUAACGGCAACAAUAGUAGGGUAGAAAAAACUUCAACCCCGUCACAUGAGUUUUAACUAUAUUCUGAUUGGGCCUCCUAAUUGAUUUGCUAGAUUAUUCACUUAUCUGCGCAAUUUCAACCAAACAGAUGGGUUAUGCAAUGGUACAAUGAUGGUGGUAACACAGAUCAUGACCGAAAAAGAUGUUGGGGAACGGGUUCUAAUCCCUAGGAUUCAGCUGACCUCCAUAGAUACCAUGUAUCCUUCCACAUUUCGUCGACGCCAGUAUCAAGAGAUCAAUGGAUUGUUUGAUGCAAUAAUUGUUGUUUCAGAACCAAAAUGGUCUUCCAAGUUAAUAGUCUAAAUACAACUACAAUGCAAACAUACUAAUAACACUCAUAAACUGGUGUAAACAUGACUAACCAGUAAAAUUUAUCACACUAUCAAACAAAUGAACAUACAAAAAUUCAUUGAGAAAAUAUAUAUUUUAAUUCUUAGUCAUUAGACAAUAUAUCACAUCCCGCCCGUAGGCCCGGACGGGCCGACCCUAGUAUUUAUAUAUUUUAUUAACAAUAGUAAUUGUCGGUUCUGUAAAACAUACACUGACAUAUGAGAAGACACCGCGUCCAAGGAUUCCCAAAUUAAAAUAUUUAUCUAAUUUUGGAUAAAAAAAGAAAUAUCAGUCCCAGUUCCUUUCACGUCGUCACACGUGGAUAACUCUUAUCAAAACGCAUCGUUCUGUUGCUUACGCAAGCACACAAGCUCUCAAGAUACAGAGAGAGAGAGAGAGAGAGAGAGCGAUUCGAUUCAAAAGUCUAUUCUUUUCGUUGCAAAGCUUACGAGUAUUCCAUUAAAUGUAAGCGGCCAUAUAUCACUCUGCUGAUGUAGUAGUAUCUUCCUCCACUGCUUAAAGCGGUACUGAUGGAGGUUUGAUUUACUAAAGUUGCUACGUGAGGGCGUUUUCAAGAAUCCUUCUUUGCUUUCUAAUCAUCAACGUUAUGGAACACCCUUUUGCUUCCAGAGACAAGGUGUUUGGUUAUCAAGAUAUCUCAACAGAAGAGAUGGAUAGUUUCAGCUUUGGUUCUGGUGUUAGGAGCUUGAUCUCUGACGAUAUGUUUAACUCAUCUUCCAACUCUGAGCUUGUGAAUUUCGACUCUUUCUCCACAUGGUGUAACAGCCCUUCCGUGAGUGAUGUCUUGUUCGCCCAAUAUGGUCUGUCGACCUCUCAGUCUAUGCCUUUUGGAGCUAUCACUUCAGCUCAUGCACCCGAGCUGAGAGCUGCUACUUUACCAGGUCUUACUCGUUCAUUUCAUGAUAUGGAAAGCUCUUACUAUGGUGAAGAAAGACCGUCACUACAGGAAAUGAUCUCUCAGUUUGAUCACUCGUUAGAUAGCGUUCAGUUAAGUGGUAAACGGCGCAGGGUGGCUAACCAGAAGAAUGGUUUUCCUAACUUGAUGAACUGUACUAUCCCUAGGUCUUUGAGCCACUCACUAGAUGAGAAGAUGCUCAAGGCACUAAGCUUGUUUUUAGAGUCCUCAGGUUCAGGAGAGGGCAUUUUAGCUCAAGUUUGGACUCCUAUUAAGAUAGGAGACCAGCACGUGCUCAGUACAUGUGAUCAGGCCUAUUUGCUUGACCCGAGGCUUUCUCAGUACCGUGAAGUCUCGAGGAAAUUCACUUUUGCCUCUGAAGCAAAUCAGUGCUCUUUUCCGGGUCUUCCUGGCCGUGUCUUCAUCUCCGGAGUACCUGAGUGGACGUCAAACGUUGUGUAUUACAAGACGGAUGAGUAUCUGCGUAUGAAGCAUGCAAUAGAUAAUGAAGUCCGUGGCUCCAUUGCUAUACCUAUCCUUGAAGCUUCUGGGACAACUUGUUGUGCCGUCAUGGAGCUUGUCACUUCCAAGGAAAAGCCUAAUUUUGAUACGGAGAUGGACUCUGUCUGCCGUGCUCUCCAGGCUGUAAACUUACGGACAUCAGCGAGCCCUCGCCCUCAGUUCCUCUCCAGUAAUCAAAGAGACGCUUUAGCUGAAAUACAAGAUGUUCUCCGAGCAGUAUGUCACGCACACAGGCUGCCUUUAGCUCUAGCCUGGAUUCCUUGUAGUUACGGCAAGGGGGGAAAGAAUCAAUCAGGUGUUCUUUGCGUAGAGGAAACAGCUUGCUAUGUAAAUGAUACGGAGAUGGAAGGCUUUGUGCACGUUUGUUUGGAGCAUUGUCUAAGAGAAAAAGAAGGAAUUGUUGGCAGAGCUUUCGUAUCAAACAAGCCGUUAUUUUCUUCUGAUGUGAAGGCUUAUGACAUCAGUGAGUACCCUCUUGUUCAGCAUGCUCGAAAGUACGGUCUGAAUGCUGCUGUUGCUAUAAAACUGAGGAGCACUUACACUGGUGAAGAUGAUUACAUACUUGAACUGUUCUUGCCUGUAAGUAUGAAAGGGAGCUUGGAGCAACAGCUUCUAUUAGACAGCCUUUCCGGUACUAUGCAGAGAAUUUGUCGAACUCUUAGAACCGUUUCAGAUGUAGGGGAAGCUAAAAAAGAAGUGAGUAAAACUGGAGUUCUGAAUGCAUGUUCAGGAAACUUCCAGACAAUGUUAUCAGAUUCAGAACUUAACUCUACUAGAAAUAUAUUUUCGGAUAUGUCCUCUGAUAAAGAUAACAGUAGUACAGGCUCUCAAGGCACUUAUGAGCAGGAUAUGAGCAAAGCUAGAACACCAGAGAAGAAGAAAAGUACAACAGAGAAGAAUGUGAGCUUAAGUGUUCUGCAACAACAUUUUUCUGGGAGUCUAAAGGAUGCUGCAAAAAGCCUUGGUGGUGAGUUUUCCACAUUUUCUUAUGUACUGAUGAGUUUUAUUGUCGGACAAACUUUUCUGACGCUUGACUUUGUAUCGAAUCUUGCAGUUUGUCCUACUACACUGAAACGGAUAUGCAGACAACAUGGGAUCAUGAGGUGGCCAUCUCGCAAGAUAAACAAAGUGAACAGGUCACUAAGGAAAAUACAGACGGUGCUUGACUCUGUCCAGGGUGUGGAAGGAGGACUCAAGUUUGACUCAGCGACAGGCGAGUUUGUAGCAGUUUGCCCUUUUAUCAAAGAACUUGAUACCCAGAAGGAUCCAUCUUCUAAUGUUAACAAUGAACAUGUUAGAGGUCAUGAAGAUGUGGCGGCUCAAGAUGCUUCGUUUGAGCUCUUGAAAGCUAAAUCAGUCGACAAUGAAAUCAAGUUAGAGGAGGAUAUCAUCACAAACGGAUCAUUCAUGGAGGUUAAUGCUAGUGGUGAGCAAUGGGCUUGGAUGGCUGAACAAUCUAGCUUCCAUUGCAGUGAAGAAAAAAAGAACAAUGGAAACUUAAGCUCUCAGGCAAUCAGAUGCAGUGGCAGUAUCAACGAACCUAACCAGUCCAUGUCAUGCAGCAUGUCAGGUUCAUCAAAUGGCUCAGGUGCAGUUAUGCUACGAAGCUCAUCUACUUCCAUGGACGACUCUAACCAAGUUAGAACACAGAAAAGCAACAGUAGUGAGAGUGGAUCAACAACGCUCACUGUAAAAGCUACUUACAGAGAAGACACAAUACGUUUCAAGUUCGAGCCGUCGCUUGGGUGUUCUCAGCUCUACAAAGAAGUUGGAAAACGGUUUAAACUGCAAGAGGAGUCGUUUCAACUCAAGUACUUAGACGAUGAAGAAGAAUGGGUGAUGCUGGUUACAGAUUCUGAUCUCCAAGAGUGCUUGGAGAUAUUAUAUGGUAUGGGAAAACACACUGUGAAGUUCCUGGUCCGUGAUCUGCCUGCGCCUAUAGGUAGUUCUGCCGGCAGCAACUGUUACCUAGGAACAGGCUUAUAGCAUCUACUGCUCAGUUAUGUUAUCCCUUGUGAAAGAAUGUUUUUUAUUUCUCCAUAUAUUAGUUUGCUUAUAAGAAAAGGUAUGAGGGAUAAAGACAGUUUUGGCAUAGUGGAGUCAGGAUACUGUAUAUGUUUGUCCUUUUAUAUAAAUCAGAGAAUAAGAAGUUUGAUGUCUAAGGCAAGUUACUGAUGUUGUACUCUUGGAAAAUUAGUUUUGGUAUGUUUCGGUUCUA